AUGCCCGACACGGGGACGGCAGCGGCGGGCGCUGCUGCAGCCGCGGCGGCCGCCGGUGGUGCGACCACCGCCGGCGACGGCCCCGAGAGUUCCCGGCACCGACACCGAGCGCCGCAGGGAGACGCAGAGAGGCCGGAUCCGGGCUCGGCUCCGCCACAGACCUCCUCCGGUGUACUCGAUAAGUUGUUUGGAAAGCGGCUGCUGCAGGCUGGAAGACACAUCAUGUCUCAUAAGUCUUGGAUGAAAACGGUGCCAACAGAGAACUGUGAUGUCCUCAUGACAUUUGCAGAUGCUACAGAUGACCACACGCUACUAUGGCUACUGAACCACAUCCGGCUGGGAAUCCCAGAACUCAUCAUCCAGAUCCGACAUCAUAAGCACACUCGAGUCUACGCAUUCUUCAUCACAGCUACAUAUGAAAAUUUGCUGCGAGGUGCCGAGGAAAUGGGACUGAGGAAAGCAGUGAAGCCCGAGUUUGGUGGAGGAACACGAAGCUUCUCCUGUGAGGAGGACUACAUCUAUGAGAACAUAGAGAGCGAGCUGUGUUUCUUCACCUCGCAGGAGAGGCAGAGCAUCAUUAAAUACUGGCUGGACAAUCUACGUGCCAAACAAGGGGAGGUGCUUCAUAAUAUCAGCUUCCUGGAGGGCCAGCCAAUCAUCCCGGAGUUGAGUGCGAGAGGUGUGAUCCAGCAGGUAUUCCCUCUUCAUGAGCAGAGGAUCCUCAGUCAGCUGAUGAAGUCUUGGGUCCAGGCUGUUUGUGAGAAACAGCCAUUAGAUGAUAUCUGUGACUACUUUGGGGUUAAGAUUGCCAUGUAUUUUGCCUGGCUGGGUUUCUACACCACCUCUAUGUUAUAUCCUGCUGUGAUCGGCUUUGUGCUUUGGAUGCUCACCGAGUCCGAUCAGACGAGCCGGGACAUCUGCUGUGUGGUGUUCGCCCUGUUCAACGUGGUGUGGGCCACUCUGUUUCUGGAGCGGUGGAAGCGGAGGGGGGCCGAGCUGGCGUAUAAGUGGGGAACGCUGGACGCGCCUGCUGAGUCAUUGGAGGAACCGCGACCUCAGUUCCGGGGAAUCAAGCGCUGCAGUCCUAUAACAGGAUGCGAGGAGUUCUACUAUCCUGCAUGGCGGAGGCGUCUGUUCAGGUGGCUGGUCAGCCUGCCCAUCUGUAUCCUCUGUCUCUGUUUUGUCUUCCUGGUUAUGCUCAUCUGCUUUGAGCUGCAGGAGUUUGUGAUGGGGAUCAAGGAAAUGCCUCGGCUAGCUCGCUUCAUCCCCAAAAUCAUGCUAGCUAUCACUGUGACUGCAUGUGAUGAGGUGUACAGGAAAAUCGCCUGCUGGCUCAAUGACAUGGAAAACUAUAGACUCCAGAGUGCCUAUGAGAAAAAUCUCAUCAUCAAAAUGGUUCUUUUUCAGUUUGUAAAUUCUUAUCUCAGCCUUUUUUACAUUGGAUUCUACCUCAAAGACAUGGAGCGCCUGAAAGAGAUGCUGCUGGUGUUGUCAUUGAUAAGGAGUCUGCAGCGGCAGGUCCGGGUCAAUCUGCUGCCUCACAUCUUCCUCAAGAUCAAGAUGCUUAUGGUGUCUGUUCCCUGGUUCUUCAGGGCUUUACUCAGCAACAAAAUGCUGGCUACUCUACUUAUCAUACGCCAGUUCCUUCAAAAUGUGAAGGAGGUGCUGCAGCCUUACCUGUAUGAGCGUCACAAGCUGGGAGAGCUUACACUGAGAGCUGUGUGGGACCUGCUGCUCUCAGUGCUGCUUAAAUAUGCCCGGCUGGCCGCCGGAAAAGCCAUGGCGUCUCCCAGUGACCAGACCAUGCCAGGACCUGGACUGAGGGGUACCAGGCCUGGAGUGGGGCAGCCAGAAAGAAGGGAAAAGAAGUGUCUGAAUGGGGGAUGUGGAGUGCCUGAUGAGGAGGAGGGAGGUGAGAAGGAUGAGGCCGACAGCGGGAGGUUCAGCGAAGGAGAGACGGAGGAGGAGAGUUUAAUUGAUUGUGGUUUGAAGCUGAGGAAAGUGAGCUUCAUAGAGAAGGUGGACAGAAAGCCGGCCUGCGGUGGGCCCCCCGUGGAGAGCAGUUUUCUGGAGGAGGGAAGCCCCACUAUGGUGGAAAAAGGAAUGGACCCGGCGUCAGUGUUUGAAAUGUGCGAUGACGACGACGACAAUGGCAUUCAUGAUGUGAAGGACUCAGGUGGAAGCGGGGCUGAGGGAAUUAAUGCUGCUGCUGGUGCAACUGCUGCUGCUGCUGCUCCACUGCCUUCUGGAUCUGAGAGCAGCGCUUCACUGCGUCACAGAAGAAGAGGCCGGAGCGCAGAGAGGGCCGAGCCGAAAACGAAAAGGGAAUCGUGGAUGGAUCCUCCAGAAGAGAGAGAGAGUACCACGCUCACCCAGGCUGAGAUGGAGAGCUGCAUGCAGACAUAUUCAGACACCUUCCAGGACUACCAAGAGAUGUUUGUCCAGUUUGGCUAUGUCGUGCUCUUCUCUUCUGCUUUUCCUCUGGCUGCCAUGUGUGCGCUCAUCAACAACAUCAUUGAGAUCCGCAGUGAUGCCUUUAAACUCUGCACUGGCCUGCAGAGGCCUUUUGGACUCCGUGUGGAGAGCAUAGGCCAGUGGCAGACUGCAAUGGAAGCCAUGGGCCUGAUUGCCAUCAUAGUGAAUUGCUACCUGAUUGGUCAGUGUGGUCAGCUACAGCGUCUUUUUCCGUGGCUCAGCCCUGAGAUGGCCAUCAUCUCCAUCGUCAUCCUCGAGCACUUUGCCAUCCUGCUUAAAUACAUCAUCCAUGUGGCUAUUCCUGACAUUCCUACGUGGGUCAAAGAAGAGAUGGCUAAACUGGAUUAUCAGCGCAGGGAGGCCUUUAAGAAGCACGAGCGGCAGGCACAGCAGCAUUACCAGCAGCUGCAGAGAAGGAAAAGAGAGGAGGAAGAGAGGCAAAGACAGGCAGAGCAUAUGGCCCGCAGGGAAAGGGAGCGGGACGACAGCAAAGGCGACUCUUCGGGGGAUCACCACCACGACAAAAGUCACGGCAGCAAGUCGCGUUCUGGGGGUGGAGGAGGAGGAAGCGCUGGGUCCGACAAGCCCAAGAGGCCCAGCUCCCUGUUGGCCAAUAAUAAUGUGAUGAAGCUGAAACAGAUCAUCCCGCUACAGAGCAAGUUCUCCUCGGGUGGUGCCCGCUCUCCUCAAUCACCCACUGGCAGUGAGCCAAAACUGCCCGGCUUCUUAAGCUUCAAAUUCCUCAAGUCACCUGAGAAUAAGAGGGAAGGUGCUGCAGCUUCUGCGGCUGCUGCCACGGCCGUUAAUGCCACAGCAACAGCAGCAGCGUCAUCAUCGUCAUUAUCAGGUAGCAGCUCUCAGGAGCGUUCUCAGUCACCCAAUAAGGCCUUCAACCCUGGGAAAUUGUUUAACUUUGGGAAAUCUGAGGGAGGAACUUGUGUAAACGGGGCGCCGCUGCCCAGGUCAGGAGAGGGGUCAUCAUCACAGACAUCAGAAAGACAGCCUUCCCGGUCUGACUUGAAUGGCGUUCCAGAGGAGAUCCCCUCACCCGGAGGGGAAGGCUCAGAGAACGGACAUUCAUCAGACUUGGAUCUGGCCGGUUCUAAAAUCUAGUGGCUCCAGAAAGAAAAAAGAAAAAAAAAAGAAAAAAAAAAACACAACUUGUCUUUGGUUACAUCUCACCUGAAGAGGUGACGUGUUUACUGUGAGGAAGGCUUGACCUACCUUCUGUGCUGUCACAGGCCAUGUGUAGGAGUACUUGAAGCAGAGAGCUGAAACUGAUGAGAGAUGACUGUCGCUCUGGUUUGCUUUUUUUUUUUUGUUUUUGUUUUUUUUUUGCUGCGAGACAAAAAAGAAAACAGGCUCUGUAAGAAAGACACAAGCCCUUCUAUCGUGACCGAAUAAAACCACACACGCACGCACGCACACACCUGUACACACACAAACAUACAAAUUCUUCCUUGUCUGCAAUACAUAAAGAAAUGCAUGAGCUGCGUUUCUAAUAUUUUUAAGCCUUUAAAGCAGAGCUGUGUUUAUUGAUUUCUUCUUGUCAGAAAUUGUAAGCGUCUCGGUGGCUUCACACUGGGACGUUGUGUAGGAAAGUGAUUAAAAAAAAAACUUGGUGGUGGUAUGGUGGAUUAGAGAUUGUACAUCAAAUAACUGCUGAGAGUGUUUUUUAGCUGUCACAACACAAGUGAUCAUUAGAUAUCAGUCUCAUUUUAAUCCGUGAGGAAUUGUUGGGCCCUUCACUUUUUCUACUGAAGCUGAAGAGUGGAAAAGCAAUAUCAGUCAGUGUUUCAUUAAGUAUCAAUCAUCACAUAAGCCCUUCUGAAACAGUCACCCUGAUAUAUCACCAGCUUUAUUUUCAAAGCAGAGGUGAUGUCUGAGCUUCGUACACGUCCUCCCAGUCUGCGACAGGAGCCAGUUUGUUUGAAAUGAAAGCAACGAGCUUAGCAAGUUACGAAAAUGCCAGUAUUUUUGGAAGAACGGAGGAGAGGUAAGAAAAAGCGAGUGGUUUUGGAGAAAGUGGAGCAGAGAUCCCUGUUGCAUGCUGUUCUCCAUCCGAGCCCGUAGAGCGCCUUGUAAACACAGAUGGUGCCUCAUUCCACAAACUCGAGCUAGACUUGGCAAAUGAGCACAGAGUUAAAGAAGUAACAUUUGCACUAAACCCUGACGCCCUGCAUAGAAAUGGAUCUCUCUCUUCAGCAGAGAGUGCCAACACCAGCCUGCCUCAUUACAUUAUGCAAAAACUGUUUCUUUUUGUUUCUUUUAUUUCACACGGUGCAUGCUAUCAGCAACGACGAGGUUUCAAGAUAUUCAUAUGAUCAUAUUUUUUGUUUUUGAACAGUUGCUUUUAAUAUGUUAUCCUCCAUAUUGUUUUAUAUGCACCUUUUGCAGAUGAUGGAAGUUCCUUUUUUUAACCAAUGCAGUAUUUUUCUGAAUAUACUGUUAACCCAAGACGUACAGUACUCCAUAAAAGUUUUAGGCACUAACUCAAGGCACUCGACAGGAGCGGAGUAAAUAGAAGAAGAAAAAAAACCUUCAUCAAGCGUGAGCACCCUUUGACUUGAAUGGCAGCAGUUCUCCAAAGUACACUUGCAUGCAGUUGUUCAAAUUUUAUGUUGUUCAGUCAUUGUAGAGAACUUGCCCUGAAUUCUUCUGUGGAUUUGGACUGUUUCUCUCUUCAUGUAUUUGCUGACUUACUUGAUAAUAAUGUGAGCAGGCUCUUUAGGGACCAAACCAGUCCUUGCAGGACUCCCUGUUCUCCUUGAAUAUAGAUUUUUUUUUAAUGACUCUGACUGCAUGUUUGUUAUGCUGCAGAAUUGAUUUGAAAAAUGAUCACACCGCUCCAGGGUAGUUUCACGUGAUGCAUAAAAAUAUAAAUAUCUAGAAGUGCCUAAAACAUUUUUUGCACAGUACUGUACUUUGCAUACUGUUUGCCUAUAUUCCAUUGUAUUUCAAUUAUGUUAGUGGACUUGCUCAAGUAGGCAAGUCCGUCAUCUACCAUUGACUGGUAUUUCACUUCUGCGGGGUCUCCAGAAGGUGGUGCCAGUUUAUUUACAUGGAAAGAUGUUAAGCUGUUAGAUUCAAUUAACAAUUGACACAAUUAUUUACCCACACCAUGAGUCAGUAGUCAUCAGAAUGCGGCAGAGGCAGCAGAAUUACCAUGUCUGACAAAUUUGACAAGAGACACACUGAGAAAGGUUUCAGAGGCCGUUGCACUGUACUGUAGGUUGAGAUACGGGAACAUUAACUAUGCAUUUCCACACUUUCACCUCAGACAAGGAUUUGGGCAAUAAUACAGAGUUGAAGUUGACUUGUAGUACUAAAGCUCUAGACUAUCCCCCUCCCCACCUCAAACACUAAUUCCUUCUGCAUUAUCCUCACCAGACUCUAUGCAUUUUUUCCUUUUUGUCCCAUCAGUUUUGUUAGUGCCAGCUCUCUCAGAUCGCCUGUUUCCUGUAUAAUGUUAAAACUCUACCCUAACCUGCAGCCUCCAUUGGCUGAACAGGUUUUUGUGUUCUGUUGCAGCUUUAAUAGGUUAGUUUUUUAAGUCUAGUCAAUUUUUUGGUCUCAUGGCUACAGAAGAGAUGAAAAUGUUCUUACAGAGAGGCAAAAAGUUCUUACUGACAUUAAUGCAAUACCGAAGCAGUCUGUGCAGUCAUGUUAUCAUCUUACAGUCAGCCUGCAGUAUGUUCUUGUUUUAUAUUUGGAAGCCACUGUUCGUUAUAAAUGUAAAGUGAGAAGUGCGAGGCUAAGAGAAAUGUAAUAUCUUCAGCGUCUGUGUGUCAUUCUCAAAGGUUGGUUGUUGUUGGAGGGGACCCGAACAGCAGCAGAACAGGGAUCGAGACGCUAACGACGUAGCUGAGCAAAGUCUCAUGAAAACCUUUUAUUCUUGCAGCAUCUGGAUUUCAGGGAUAAAUGACUUCACGGUGCAAUAGAGUCCAUUCAUCAUCAUUCGAAAAGUCACAUAGAGAGGCAGAACUGGUGCACUGGAAAUAUUUGCUGAUACUGCAGUGUCACAGUGGAGUAGACUUACAGUCAGCUCCGUGUGUGCAUUAUUCAGGUAAAGCGAACAGUGUCACAACCGAAAUCAGCUUGUUACUGCUUUCAUUUUUGCUCUCAUGACAGCAGCAAAACAUGCCAUUCUGCAGUGGAGAUCUUUAAAGUAAAGAAGCAUUUUUUUUUUGGAGGAACAGCUCCUGACACUUUGGGUUUCACUGAAAACUUGAUCUCAUUCUGAAAACGGCAGCGUCACGGCACAGGCAUCCCUUGUAUUAGGACAGCAGCUCAGACUCAGACUCUUUAUCAAAACAACUUCUUUCAAGAGUUUGGACGUCAUCAGUCUCAUUUGAAAUAAGUAGGAAAGGACUGAGUGGAUUUAGUAAAUGUAACGUGUUCUGGUGUUUCAGAGUGGAUGUGAACAGGUGAGAUUCUCACCACAGCUACAUUAAAGCCCGACCCUAACCUCAAAGUUGAGACAUUUUCAUGGAAGCCUCACUUACACAAACAUCAUAUGCUCUUCCAAUGUACCACUGUACAAAAAAAAAAAGAUCUUUUAAAGAAAAAUACUGGGAAAUGGGAUUAUUUAUUUCUUUUAAUUUAUUUUGUCAUAUUUUUGUAAGACCUGACAAAUAGUUAAUAAAACAAUUUC